AUGGCCAUUGUCAGUCCUGGCCCUGGGUACAUUGAUCUCGGGAUGAUCAAUAGCGCCUCUUACUUCACGACCAAUGCCACAUCCGACUUAGUCAGUAAUCUACUCAAUGUUUCGGUCUUCAAUGUUUCGGUCUUCGUCAGUAAUCUACUCAAUGUUUUGAAUAUAUCUUCGAGAUUCUCAUCCAUCAUCCUAAUUGCAUGGCAACGGUAUGUUCAAGGUACAAUAUUCACCCUUCCCACUGUGAGAAUGUUGUGCGCACUUGGAUCCGAUGGGCAACUGAAAGAUGCUAGUGCCAUUGAUUGGUACAAUGAUCCCGACGAUGACUCACCUAUGCUCGCUCCACCUCCACCUCCUGCAUCUAAUGGCAAGCUAACUGCCUUUGUCUCUCAUCACUCAGGUCGGGCUGUUAAGCCAACGGAGAAAAUCCAUGAGGCCAUCAACACAGCUCCAGCCGCUCCUCAAGGCCAGCCUGCACCCAAGCGAGUGCAAGCUGGCCGUCUGCUCUCGGUGGAUGAGUGGACGAAGUUGCAAUUAAUGCGUGACGUGCUUCAGGAGCCUGCAAAUGCCCAACAAUCUUUUUCUGCAACUCGUGAGCCUACCAUAUGGCAUACUAUUCCGGUCCUCGAAUUUCUUCAAGAGACUUGGCAAAACAUGGCCAAUUGUUCAAAGUUUGAUGACUUCUCAAUUGCCAUCAACUCAGGCCUCGAUAAUCUUCGCAAAUGGUACCACAAGAUCGACGAAAGCGACGUCUACUUUAUUUGCCUCGGUUGCGUACGCGAAGAGUAA